CCGUAAAUAUCAUGACCAGCUUCAAGACCUAAACAAGAUUGGGUUUUCAUGGGAACAGCGCAUACACCCAGGAGGAGCGCCAUACUUUUACCAGGCCGGCAACAUAGAUGCAAAGUUGAAAGUAUUCACGGACUCAUACCUGUACGAUAUAGACAGCGCCAAGGGCAGCGAAUCCGCCGCCAAAACCGCGUCGGAAAUCAGCUGGUGUGUCCUGAUCCUGGAGCACCGCCGCAGACAAGAGAUGUCCGACCUUCCCGAGGGCGCCGAGCUCGUCGUUGAACGUCUGCACCUCAACAACGAGAAGCCGAAAUAUGGGUACUAUUAUGUUUGUCCUCAGAGCCGCACUUUGUUCUGGCUGGACGAGUACAAGAUGAGCAAUGAGUUGACGGACCUGAAGGGCGUCAAGUCUGAAGAGCACAAGAAGUAUGCGGUGGAGGUGGAGUAUUGGACUCACUGCGAGUUGUUUCCGCAUGAGAAGCGGGUACACCAGCAUCUCUUCGAUGAGUUGAGGAGCCUUACCUUGCAUGCCAUCACAGAGCUUCUCACGGCGCGGACACCGUUGUCGCCGUUCAGCCUCGACGAGCUCAUGAGCAUAUGCCAAGUACUAGAAUACGUUCGCGUUGACGAUAGGGAAGGCAAAGCGGGGCUGCGGUGCCAGUACUCGAUGUGUAUCCUUUCGAGAUACCUCAGAAUGUUCGCCGAAAGCAAAUUCGUCAACUUCCACGGCCAAAAGGGCGCACGCCUGCGUGUGAACCAGUCGAUCUACUGCAAAGGCGGACAGCGCUCGUACCUCUUCCACGUGGCAAAUAUACUCAUGCUCGGGGCGCCCGACGUGCACAUGAAGAGCCUGAAGAACAUCUGGGUGGACGACAUGCUGAACCAGGUGCCGUGGAAGCAGUUCGUGACGACGCUGAAUCGGGAGUGGCAGGAUUAUACGCUUUAUUCGACCAUCAUCCUGACCGCAAAUGUUGCGUUUCUUGCGCUCCCGGAUGUAACACUGCAGGGGCAGCCGAGCACGCAGACGGUGGCGCAGAUGAUCAGCUUCGUUUCAACUGUUACGAGUCUUGGGUCGCUUAUUCUGAGCUUAAUUAUGGUCAGACAGAACCGCAUAAAGGGACACGAGAAAGUCGAGGAGGCGCGGGAAUUCAUGGAGAACAUGGCCAACUCGGUUCUCGGCGUCGACAUGGUCGCCAUCAUGUACAGCUUGCCAUUCGGUUUCCUGAUGUGGAGUGUGAUAUCGUUCGUCAUUGCAUUCGCCUUCGUCGCCUUCAAUGGCGCAGGAACCGCGACCCGUAUCCUGGUUGGCGUCAUCCUGGGACUCACGGGGAACAUGGUGCUCUGGGUCGUCUACGUCUCCAUCGGCUCCUCGCUCUCCUCAAAGUCGGAGGAGAAAAAAGAGACCAGGAACGGGCUCGUCGCGGGCCCGGGAGGGCAGGGGCAGCAUGCCGCCAGUCCUCGUAGGCCUCUGCUGUCAGGAAUAAUCGGGAGACGCGGGACUGCCGACGUCGAGAACCAAGGCGCUGGCAGGCCGGUCGCUGUGGCCCAGGGGAACGGGGGUGCCAGUGCACAUUUGCGGUAUCCUCCGACUCGGAGUCGAGGAUAGGGCACCGGAGAUGAUAGGCGGUCUAUCGGACGAGAUAUAGUACAGC